AUGCCUAGAUUAUUGACACCAUCACAGGUCAAUGCGUACAAUACGUCAUCAAUACAUGAACCAGUUCAUUCCGACCAGGUAUUGCAGCCUAACCAUAACCCACAGCCCCAUUCCAGAAAGUCUUCAACAUCUGGAGGUGCAUUUAUUGCAGAUGCAGUCGAAAAAGUGAUCGAGUCGGUGGUAAACCUUUCAGUUGAAACUGAAGUCACGUCGUUUUUUGGAAACAAAACAUUGGUAUCAUCCGGUUCUGGUUUUUUUGUAACGACAGAUGGCAAGAUAUUGACCAACGCUCAUGUCGUUGCUGAUAUGAACGAAGACAGCAAGCUCUGGGUUACUGCUGCUGAUGGUCUGCGAUAUCCAGCAAAGGUACAUAGUUUAGAUACACUUAGUGACCUAGCAAUCGUUCGGAUUCAACCACGUUCAUCUCCUCAUAAAUGGCAACCCGUUCAAUUUGGCACAAACCAUCAUCUGCGACCUGGCGAUUGGGUGAUUGCCAUUGGCAGCCCUUUUGGAUUACAGAAUACUGUCACAGCGGGUGUAGUUUCUUCGCGCAGUCGCAGAAGCAUAGAAAUCGGCACAAAGGAUACGCGAGUGGAGUAUAUUCAGACCGAUUGCGUGGUUCAUUCUGGUAGUUCUGGUGGUCCCUUGGUGAAUCUUGAUGGGCAAGUGGUUGGAAUCAACACAACACGAGCAGAGAGCGAAGGAAUCAGUUUUGCUAUUAGGGUAGAUAAUGCCAUGGAUAUGAUUCACCAGCUUGUUGUAGACGGACGAGUCACCCGACCGUGGCUUGGAAUUAGAAUGAUCACUUUAACCCCACACGUUCGAUCUCAGCUCAACCCAGACAGCCACUAUACCUCGUCAUUUCAAAACACACCCAACAUGAUUCUUCCUCAUGUCACCUCUGGCGUGCUGGUAGCUAGCGUAGAAGCCAAAUCUCCAGCAUCUGACGGUGGGUUAAAAGAUGGAGACGUGAUUGUUGCUGUUGAUGGAGUUGGAAUCAGGUCAUCGCAGGAACUGUUAAAGCUGGUUGGACUAAGAGUGGGUGAGCCUUUUGCUAUGCGAAUCAAACGUUGUGUACCAAAUCAUCUUGAUGAAAUUACAGAAGAGGAACGGGUAGUGAAUGUUACUCCAGGUGCUUUGGAUAUGUUUGUUCAUUCAAAUGGUGGUAGCGAGAUUUUAUGA